AUGACAACAGAGACGGCUUUGGCUGGGGAACUGAAGAGCGCAAUGGAAGGGGACGCCAUGAGAACCAAUCAGGUUCCAGAGGACCAGGGGGACAUGGAUGAUAGCUCAGAGAAGACCCCCAGCAAAGCCUCCAGAUCCCCCCAGAAAACCACCAAACGGCCCAAGACCGUCCCAAUCAAAGUCACUCUGCUUGACGGAUCAGACUACGAGGCUGGAGUUGAGAAAUUUGCCAAGGGCCAGACCCUGCUGGACAUGGUGUGUGGCCAUCUGAACCUGCUGGAGAGGGACUACUUUAGCCUGACUUUCCAGGACACGGACAACGCCAAGCAUUGGUUGGAUCCCUCAAAAGAGAUUAAGAAGCAAAGUCGAGUUGGUUCGUGGAUCUUUGGAUUUUCUGUCAAGUUCUACCCCCCAGACCCAUCUGUGCUAAUGGAAGACAUCACCAGGUACUACCUGUGCUUGCAGCUGAGGGACGACAUCCUGUCUGGUCGUCUGCCCUGCUCAUUUGUAACCCACGCCCUUCUGGGAUCCUACACUGUCCAAGCCGAGCUGGGAGACUAUGAGCCUGAGGACCAUGGCCCAGACUAUGUCAACGACUUUCGCUUUGCACCCAACCAGACACGUGAGCUGGAGGAGAGAGUGAUGGAGUUGCACCGCAACUACAGGGGAAUGAGUCCAGCCGAGGCAGAUGUGAACUUUCUUGAAAAUGCCAAGAAGCUCUCAAUGUAUGGAGUGGACCUGCAUCAUGCUAAGGAUUCAGAAGGAAUUGACAUAAUGCUCGGUGUGAGCGCCAACGGUCUGCUCAUCUACCGAGACCGUCUUAGGAUCAACCGAUUCGCCUGGCCAAAAAUCCUCAAGAUCUCCUACAAGAGAAGCAAUUUCUACAUCAAGAUCCGCCCAGGAGAGUAUGAACAGUUUGAGAGCACCAUAGGCUUCAAACUGCCAAACCAUCGGGCGUCGAAGCGAUUGUGGAAGGUCUGCAUUGAGCACCACACCUUCUUCAGGUUGGUUUCCCCAGAGCCGCCUCCCAAGGGCUUUCUGGUGAUUGGCUCCAAGUUCCGCUACAGCGGGAGAACCCAGGCCCAGACCAGACAGGCCAGUGCUCUGAUUGACCGGCCUGCCCCACAGUUUGACCGGUCUGUGAGCAAGAGGUACCUGCUGCCCCGAAGCAUUGAUGGAGCCUCAGCUCUCAACUACAGUAUGGAUCAGCUUUCCCAGCGAAGCUCCAGUGAACGCACACAGUUCAUGUCCAGAGAAGACCUGGACCAAGAGGGCAGCCUUGACCUGGACCACGAUCAGUACCAUUAUCAGGACCAGGACCAGCUGGAGCUGCAUGAUGGUCAGGACCAAGAUCAGUUUCAGAGGCAAACCUGGGGUUCCCACAUCUCUACGACCACCAAGACUUUGGAGUUCAAGGAGGAAGAGGAAGGCUCGCCUAUAGACUCAAAACCAGAGGAUGUGGCCACCCAUCGGCCCAAACAGGAGCAAUUCUUGGAUAAGCCAGAAGAUGUUCUUCAGAAGCACCAGGCCAGCAUCAAUGAGCUAAAGAGGGCUUUGAGGCAGCCUAACAGCAAGAUGGCCCAGAGGGAGAAACGCCUCUCCUCAGCUACUCCUCCUGGAGGAACCCCCGAGCGGAAACCAGCGACCGGUGAUGGCAAAUUGAUUGACAAGCAGGAUGCUUAUGAAGGAGAACUGAAUACUUACACUAAAGUGGAACAGAUUAAGCCCUCUUCUUUGGGUAGAGACGUGUUGUCUGUGAAACUUUGGACUGAAUCAAAGAUAAACAACUGUCAAACAACUAUGGAUUCAUUAAAAAGCUGUCCUGGAACAUCUCCAAAAGAAGAAACCGACUUUAGGGCAACAGGACUACUGGACUUGAACACCAGGGAAGAUACACUGGCAACAAAUGGACAUCACGAUUCUAUAUUAGGGAGGAAUGCCAUUCAAGAAAAUGGAUAUGGAUCUCCACAUGACAAACAGAGGAGUGGAAUGAUCAGCAUAAAUAUGAAGCAUUGCCAAUAUGAGCACAACAUUUAUCAAGAGAGACCAAAGAGCUUCAAAACUCCGGUGGCUGUGGAUUCUCUCCCAAAAGGCCAAGGAGGCGAUGUUGAGAGUGACGCAAGACAUUGUGAGACUUGGGGGGGGAAAGCCCCAAGCCCCAUGGGAGAGCAAGAUCGCAAUAAAACCGGGAACGCACACUCAGAAGUCCCCAAAAUAGUUCCUCUCAAGCCACAAAGAUCAAAGAAGUCUUUGAAUAAGGAGAACACAGGUGCUGUAAACGCUCAAAGUCGGUCUGAUAGAGGCAUCUUUGGUGCCACUGGUGAUGUACCGAUGACGAAAUCCAAAGACGGUUCCUGUGACGCAGAAAGGAGAGUGGAUGACGAUGCUGUUCUGCAGUCUGCUGCAGAUGUUGUCAAGGAAAAUACCAAAUACCACAGCGACGCUGCGAUGUCAUAUCAACAGCAAACUCUACUCCUUAAGGAGCUCAGAGACUGCAGAGGCACUACAGGACAACGUCUGUGGACAAGAGGAGGACAGGAGGAACAUUUUCAAAACAACUCGGAGUUAAAAGAGAAUUUCCUCUCGGGCACCACAUUUCCAACAGCUCCCCCUCGAACUCUCCCACUGAAAAUGCAAUGGUCCCGAGACAGGCCGAGCAACGUGGACAGCAGCCACAUCCACUACAGGACGCCCGGCCAAGAAACAGCCAAGUGGAAGCAAGUGGAUACACCUCCCACACCUGCUAUUUAUGAAGAACCUUUCAACGAAGCUUCAAGGGAACCGUGGGAGAGACGUCUGGGCUCCGUCUCAGAGGAUGAACAGGACCAAGAGAUCCUGUACCUGAAGGAGACCCACCUGGGCAUUGAGCGCAAAUGUUCCAGCAUCACGGUCAGCUCUACGUCCAGCUUGGAGGCCGAAGUAGAUUUCACCGUCCUCACGGACCUAAACACGGGCAUGGAGGAGUUCUCCAGGGGCAUGACAGAGCUUGGGGAGAGGAGUGUGUCACCCGAUGUGGGUCUGUGCUUUAGCAUGGACUUGCUCCAGCAGCAGGGCCCCUCUGAACCACCUCCUCCAUUGGUGUCAGCCACUCUGUCCAGAGCAGCCAGCAGCAGCCCUCCAGCCAAACACAUCCAGGCUGAAGAAGUCCGGCCAGAGGUCAAACGGUCCGAUGUGCAGCCUGUCGUACCCAAAAAACCAAAGAGGUCCGUGCCGGUGUCCUCUUCCGUGGACCGAGAGUCGCACAGUCGCGUCUCUGCCGUCACGCCGCUGAGCAGAGAGGCCAGCGAUGUCCUGCCCACACCGACGGUCAGGAAGACGGACGUCAGGACAGAGACUCAGCCCAAUGGGUCAGAGAUCACCACGACCAUCGUGGAGUUCACAGAUCAGGAUCAUUGUAUCACGGGCCUGAGUGAAGGUUCUUAUUCUUCGAGACAGAGUGUAUCCCCUGUGCAUAUGAGCAGUCUACGUAGAGAGGCGUCAGGGUCGCCCAUCCUCGUCACUGAAAAUGUUACCUCGGCAACCACUCACGUCACCAAGACGGUGAAAGGAGGAUAUUCAGAGACCAGGAUUGAGAAGAGGAUCAUAAUCACAGGAGACGAUGAUGUAGACCAGGAGCAGGCUUUGGCUAUCGCAAUACAGGAAGCCAAGCAGCAGCAUCCGGACAUGCAGGUGACAAUGGCAGUCGUUGUCAGGGAAACCGAAUCGUCCAGCGAGGAUCGACACGGCACAUCAGAGUCCUGAUUCCUUGAGAUGAGAGCGCCCCCGUUUGGACAGAGAGUGUCAGUGCCCGACCUGAAAUUGACGCCUGCCAUCCCUACUGAU